AUGGAUUCUGUCUACGAGGAGUUUUCCAGGUAUGAUUUUGACUCUAACGAGGAGUAUCUCGCCGGUCUCAAGCAGGUUAUGGAGCAGUACCUGAUUUUGCAAAGCCAGAGCGAUCCCGAGAUCUCUAAAGAUAUAUCUGAGGGCGUUUUCGACGUCUCUAAAAUCAAACCUCAAGAUAAGGAACAGUUGGUAUGGCAGGCAAAAGUGUAUUUUUUCUGUUCGCAAACAGGAGAGAUUCUAGAUCUUGAUGACUAUCGAAAGUGGGAGAGCACGAGGAAACUCCAAGAGCCUCAAGGAAGGAACACGAAGGAAAUCCCAUAUUCGUCGAACUACGAGCAGUUGGUGGAUCUUAUCGUCAACAACAAGCCGAUUCCGGGAAUCAAACAAAUACCAGAUACUGUUCUUGGGCCGGAGCUUUCAUCCAGCAGCAUGCUAAGCGAGCGUAAGAAGCCCUGGGAACAACAGAAAGAGAGAGAUUGUUCUGAGCAAAAAGAUGCACCAGGGGAUGGAACUCAGAUUGGACCCGAAUAA